AUGACUGGCCGAGGAAGAGCAUUGACAGAGUUUAUGCGGAGAAGGAAAGUGGACAUUAUGUGUGUGCAAGAAACUAGAUGGAGUGGCAAUAAGUCGGAAGAGUUGGGAGACGGAUACAAGUUAAUCUAUGGAAGUACAAAUUUGGACAAAAGAAAUGGUGUUGGAAUAACAGUGUCGGAAAAAUUUAAGAGUACAGUUGUGGAAGUUGCUGAAGACGAAAGAUGUGUUAUCGGUGGAGACUUAAAUGGGCAUGUUGGGAGAGGAUCCGAUGUUAUCAGCCGAGUGCACGGAGGGAUGUGUUAUGGCGAGGGAAAUGAGGAUGGAGAGCGUGUUAUUGAUUUUGCCACUGUAUCCCGAGUGCAUAGCACACCGGAACCUGGACCUAAGAAGAUCAAAUGGCAUAGAUUGAAGGAUCAGAAGAAGAAAGAAGAGUUCAAAGAGAGAGUACUCGAGCAAAUUAGCCAAGAAAUUGAAGAUCUAAACUCCUGGUGGAAUGAAACAGCGGACUUUGCGAUACAUGCAGGAAAAGAGAUUUUAGGAGAAACUAGUGGAAAGAUCUGGAAAGAUAAAGAAACUUGGUGGUUCAAUGAUGAGAAUAAAGAGGCAAAGAGAGCAGUGGCAAUAGCUAAGAGCAGGGCUUACGAUGAGUUGUAUGAAGAUCUAGACAGCAAGGAAGGACAGGGAAAAGUUUUUCAACUGGCGAAGACAAGGAAUAAAAGCACAAAAGAUAUCGUGCAUAUUAAGCAAAUGAAUGAGAAUGGAAAUAUAAUUAGAACAGAGCAAGGAAACAUCAAGAGAUGGGAACAGUAUUUCUCUAAAUCACUGAACGAGGAAAAUGAACGGCUGAUCAGAGGUGAUGGAGACGCUAACCAGGGUGCAGUCUUGGAAGUAUCAAGGAUAGAGGUGCAACAGGCGCUGAAGAAGAUGGAAAACGGGAAAGCCACGGGACCAGAUGGCAUCCCCAUGGAAGCCUGGAAGCGAUGGGAGAGGAAGGCAUUGACGUGUUAUGGAUGCUGA